AUGGCAUGCGGGACGUCCUCUUCAACGACGCUGAAUGUGAUCGCCAAAUCCCUUUUCCGGCAACAGAUUGCAGUGUGGAAGAUCAAGAAGCUUGUCAAGUCACUCGACUCUGCUCGCGGAGCAGGUACGAGCAUGAUUAGUCUGAUCAUUCCCCCCAAGUCGCAAAUCAGUCAAUUUUCAAACAUGCUGACGCAAGAAUACGGAACGGCAAGCAACAUCAAGAGUCGUGUGAACCGUCUCUCGGUGCUGGCUGCCAUCACCUCUACGCAGCAGAGGUUGAAGCUGUACAACAGGGUGCCUCCAAAUGGACUUGUCAUCUACUGCGGCACCAUCUUGACUGACGAAGGCAAAGAAAAGAAGGUCAACUUUAGCUUUGAGCCAUUCAAGCCUAUCAACACCUCGUUGUACCUCUGCGACAACAAAUUCCACACCGAGGCGCUUUCCGAGUUGUUGGAGAGCGAUGCCAAGUACGGUUUCAUCAUCAUGGACGGAAACGGAAGUCUGUUCGGAACGCUCAGCGGCAACACCCGCAACGUCAUUCACAAGUUUUCGGUGGAUCUGCCCAAGAAGCACAGACGUGGAGGUCAGUCCGCGCUGCGUUUCUCGCGUCUUCGUGACGAAGCGAGGCACAAUUACGUGCGAAAGGUCGCAGAAGCUGCUACGCAGCACUUUAUCACGGACAACAAGUGCAACUGUGCGGGAUUGGUCUUGGCUGGUAGCGCCGAGUUCAAAAACGAGCUUGGGCAGUCCGACUUGUUUGACCCCAGACUGGCAGCCAAGAUCAUCCGCACCGUCGACGUUUCGUACGGCGGCGAAAAUGGUUUCAACCAGGCCAUCGAGCUCUCGGCCGAGUCCCUCGCCUCCGUCCGCUUCAUUCACGAGAAGAAGCUGCUGACCAAGUACUUUGAGGAGAUUGCUCUAGAGACUGGAAAGUACUGCUUCGGCAUCGAGGACACCUUCAAGGCGCUCGAGUUGGGCGCUGUCGAGCAGCUCAUCCUUUGGGAAAACUUGGACACGAUGAGGUACACCUUGCGCGACUCGGAGGGCGCUCAGCACAUUCUGAUGCUGACGAAGGAACAGGCCGAGGACAAGACCAAGUUCCAGGACCGCAUGACUGGUCAGGAGAUGGAGCAGGCCGAGGAACCUCAACCCGUGCUGGAGUGGCUCGCAGAAAACUACACGCAAUUCGGAACCAACUUGGAGUUUGUCACGGACCGAUCUCAAGAGGGUCUGCAGUUCUGCAAGGGUUUUGGAGGCGUUGGAGGUCUGCUCCGCUACAAGGUGGCCUUUGAGGAUAUGGCCGUGUUCGAAGAUGACGAGGAUGAGUUCAUGACGGAUUCGGACGAGUGA